GAAGAGGUAGACGACAAUGAUGGUGAGACGAUAGGAAGCUGGGGCCGAUCAGGUGAUUUCUGUUAUCUGUUGAUCCGGUUGAGUGUGAUACGGGAGAAUCUUGCCGGACAUGUGACCCGUCAUUGUGUAAAGUCAGGGGGAGUUACAAGGGGGUCAAAGACUCUAACCGACCACGUUGUUCUGACUGAAGGAAAGAAGGGUGUAUAGUGAUGGCUUCCAGGAGUCCACGUUAAACAGGAUUCUAUACACUUGGAAGAUCACGGGCUUACCUCCAAUGGCAGUAAUUUCAAAUAAAGGUUUGAAGUUCUUCCUGUUGGUAUGCCUGCUGCUUGUGUGCCUGUUCAUGUGGCAGUUCGCGCGGGGGGUGGACCAUUCUAUUUUUAUCAGGGAGGGGCGUUACACCGAACACCGUGACGUCAUCAGAGAACACAUUGUUCAAGACGUGGAAAUUGACAGGCGGAGUAUUGUCCUUGCUGCGAGAGAGCUACUCAAGGGGAGGGAAACGGAAGAGCAGCCACAACGUCACGUGAUCUGUCCCAACUUCAAUGGCGGACUGGGUAAUAUGCUCUUCCAGUAUGCCUCUGCCUACGGAAUAUCAAGAAGGGUCGGCCUGGACAUCCUGGUCAAGGCGGACGCAGAGGUAUUCCAAGUGUUUGACGUCUGGGCCAAGGUUUCCAGCGAGAAGACUGUUUGUCCAAAAGCCAAGAUAAUCAAGGAGAAACACAGUGGUGUUUACGAACACAGCCUUAUGUCCAUUCGGAAUAACGCGGACUACGUAGCCAAAGGCUAUCUUCAGUCCUGGAAGUAUUUUGAACCUUUCAAGGUUGAAAUACGUAAACAGUUGCGAUUUAGAGGCGACAUUGAGAGAAAGGCCUUCGACAUUCUUGACUCAUCAUUAAGUGAAAAAUAUGGCAAGAGGAACUAUUCCUCCCGGACUCUGGUGGGCGUCCAUGUUCGUCGAGGGAAUCUUAUGAACAAGCAUGAACGAGAAUAUGGUUACAAAGUUGCUACUCCAGGCUAUAUCAAGAAAGCUUUAGCAUUUUUUACAGAUAAAUAUAGACACGUUACCUUUGUUGUUUGCUCCAAUGAUAUGAAAUGGAGUCGGAACUACGUUAACGUUACUGACGUAAUAUAUGUUGAAGGUAACCCGAGAGAAGUGGAUCUCGCGUUACUCUCGUCUUUGAAUCAUACCAUUUUGACAGUUGGUACAUUUGGAUGGUGGAGCGCCUGGAUGGCGAAUGGGACAACGUUAUUUUUUAAAGACUACGCCAAAAAUGGGACACGAUUUGCGAAAGAAUUUUCACCGGACCACAGUGAUUAUCUAUACCCAGGUUGGAUAGGAAUGUGACUGCUAACAUCUUUCAAAUUUAGAAACAUUGCCUUUGGUGUCUUUUUUACGUCGUGCACAACUCAGUAACUAAGAUACGCUGAAACUGUGGUUGUUUACGGGAAUAGCAUUUACAAGGGGACCGCCCACUUGACUCGCUCGGCAGAAAACUAGUGUUUCCUAUUUUUACGAAGUGAUUUCCACGCAAGGUAAACCCAGAAAUCGCUUUGAACAAAACUAAAUUGUGAAAUAAGAUGAAUAAUUAGCAAAUGGUAUUGAAACACGUAGUUUAAAGUUUAAAAUCACAACGGGAAAUACAAUGUGUCAAAAAUGUGAUAGAAGCAAUAAUUAACAGGCCCUACAAUGCACUCACGAAUGUUCAGAAUUUUCAUUGUCAUAUGUCUUGAAAGAUGCUCGUGGCGGGCAGGAACUCAGUGUUUUCAGAAACGUAUCUCAUCCGCACUAGCCAAGUAAAUAAGAUCCAAGUCAGGUGGUUCCAGGGCCUCGAAACUCUCUCGUGUAGCUCUUAUAUAGGUAAUGCCAACCUUCUAGAAAAUGACAAAUCGUCUCGAAUGCUCAAGCUGGCAUGUGUUUGUCAACAACCAUGGGAGGUAACUCUAAAUCGCAGUUCCUGUUACAAUCUACAAAAUCCUGAAGUUGAAUAUUAGUAUUAGAUUUCCGACAAGCCCUAAAAAAUUGAAACUGUUUUAUCAAAAAUCUAUUUCAAUAAGUUGGCACCAUCUGUGGGAUGUGGCACUACCGGUUGACAUAUGUAUACUCAGACCAUCUGUAAAAGUCACCGUCGUAAAAGACGUGAUGACGUGAUUAUGACACGUCUCCGACUUUGAAACUGUUGGCUAAAUGCCUACCUGAGUACCAUUCAUUAGGCGAUCUCUUCUUAAUGUGGCCAUUGCAAUAUGGAAACGCCUGAAAAUGUGGAACACUACCUAAUUAAAUACUCUGGGCAUAAUAACAUAAGACAUAAAAUCUCAGACGUGCUUGAAGUUGAGGUCACAUUUCUUUUAGCUACAGUUUCGGGCCCCAAUAACAUGUAUAGCUCCGUGCAUCGGGCAGUUUUAGAUUUUGUCUCUUCAUCUGGAAAAUAUGAUGUAAUUUCUCAGAUGACUUUAAAUCGUAUUAAUAUUUUAUCAUGUUGAUCUACUGCUUCCUUAUCGAACGAGUAUUUCAUGAUUCAGAAAUGAAAGUGUCUGCGUAAGGUUUUAAUCAAUAUCAUGAAGCAGGGGUUAUUCUUCUCUUUUUUUCUUUUUCGCAUUAUUAAUUUUCAUGUGUAAUGUAUACGUGUAUCCAAAUGAAUGAUACUUUUGCUGA